UUUUCCCCGCUCAUUUUGCAGUUGAAAGUGUUUGUGUGUGAGUAUGUGAGUCUGUACAAGUGUUUGUGUGUGUGCGUGUGUGUGCGCCCCUCCUACCCUCACUCCUCUCCGUGAAAGCCACAGUUUGUUGGUAGUUGGUGCUGAAGCGCUCAGAAUCCGCUGGCCGCCGGGGAGAGAGACGCACCGGGAGCCUCGACGCACGAAUCCACCGUCAGAAAAUGACCGUAGAGAGAGUAUUCGACGAGCUCGGGCAUUUCAACAGAUUUCAGGCAUGUCUGUAUUUUGCAGCGGUCUUCCAGGCCAUAGCUUGUGGGAUCCACUACCUAGCCUCUGUUUUCCUGGUGGAGGCUCCAAAUUUUGUAUGCAGUGUGCCCGGCAACAUCACUGAUGUCCUGUACGGUAAUCUGACGGGAUCCAGUCUGGAAGAAAUCCUGCCGGUCUUCAAAUCAGCGACUGGGCCCUUGGUGGUGAGGACGGCUGAAGGAGAACAGUGGGAGCUCAGUCGAUGUCGCUGCGCCCUGCGCAUCAACCCAACAGACUUUACCUAUGACUUUGAUGGCAACAAAACAGUGAAAGCCUGUGGUGGGAACUUUGUUUACGACAAAACCGAAGUUCACCAAAGUAUUGUGACGGACUGGGACUUGGUAUGUGAAAAAGAGUGGCUGGCCAAGCUGUGCCAGCCCACCUUCAUGCUUGGGGUGCUGAUCGGAGCGCUGGUGUUUGGCGACGUUGCUGACAGAGUUGGUCGUGUGAGGAUUCUGAUGUUCACCAGCCUCUGUCAGUUUGGGCUCGGAGUGGCUGUAGCCUUCUCUGGAAACUACUAUUUUUUUGUGGUGCUCCGCUUCCUCCUUGCCAUGGUGUCCAGUGGCUACCUCGUGGUGGUGUUCGUCUAUGUUACAGAAUUCACUGGCAUCAAGGUACGCACAUGGACCUCCAUGCACGUGCACGCAGCUUUUGCGGUCGGAAUCAUGGUGGUAGCUCUGACUGGUUACUUGGUGCGGGUCUGGUGGAUCUACCAGAUCAUCCUCUCCAUAUGCACCUCGCCCUUCCUGCUCUUCUGCUGGAAGUUCCCUGAGACGCCCUUUUACUUGAUGGCCAAGGGCCGCUACAAGGAAACUCAGACCCUGCUGGAUGCGAUAGCCCGCUUCAACGGCCUUGAAUGCAGGCUGAAAGCAGAGGAGCUCCUAGAGCCAGAGGAGAGAGAGAAUGGCAGAGCUCUGCUGGAGCAGGAGGGAGAGGAGCGUCCAUCGCAGACUGAAAAGAAGCUGUCCAUCCUGGAUCUGUUUGGAAGCUGGAGGAUGGCGGGUCGUACAUGCACAGUGUGGGCAAUCUGGUUCAUCGGCAGCUUGGGCUACUACGUCUUCUCUUUAGGCUCAGUCAACCUGGGAGGAAACCAAUACAUUAACCUCUUCCUAGCUGGUGCAGUGGAGUUCCCCUCUUAUCUGGUUGGCUGUUUUGCAAUGGACCGGAUUGGAAGGAAGAAGACUUGUGCCCCAGCUCUGCUCCUGGCUGGAGUUGCUUGUAUGCUCAUCAUAGUGGUUCCUGGUGAUAUCCAAGCACUGGCCAUCGCUCUUAGCAUGAUAGGGAAGUUUGCCAUCGCCAUUGCCUUUGGUCUCAUCUAUCUGUACACUUGUGAGCUUUAUCCAACCAUCAUCAGGUCUCUGGCAGUAGGUAGUGGCAGUAUGAUGUGCCGUGUUGGCAGUGUGGUAGCCCCCUUCUGUGUGUACCUGGCUGAUGUCUGGAUCUACCUACCUCAGCUCAUCGUGGGAAUCCUGGCCUUCAUUAUUGGAGUGCUGACAUUGCUGUUGCCUGAGACCUUGGGCAAACCUUUAACAACCACCUUGGAGGAGGCAGAAGCUCUGGGACGCAAAAAAAAAGAUGGGUUGGAGAUGAAUCAACACGAAGCCAAAGCCUAAGCUGUGCACUGCUGGAAAAUCGGAGAGACAGACAUACGGAGAGAAUUGGACAGAAUGGAAAAACAGAAUGGAAGAAAGAGAGAAGAGAUGAUGGCUGCAGAAACUGAAACAGUAACAUCAUUGUUUUAUUGGAUUGCUGGAAAAAAUGGAAAAGAAGAACAAGAUUUUAUCAGAACUCUUGAAAUGACGCUCUUGUUGACAUUUUGUCCAGCAAAGUGACCACCAGUUUAAACCAUUUUGCCCUCACACAGAUAUCAGUAAUGAAACGAUUCGUCACAGAUACAGUGCAAUCAGAAUAGCCCGUGAGUUCAAUGAUCAAAAAAAUCACGUGCUGUGCGUGUGGAGUGUGUGUGUGCAUGCAUAACUUUUGUGUCCUUGGAAACAUGAAGGAAAGUAAAGGAUCAUUUCAGUUUAUGAUAACAAGUCUUAUUUUUGUAGUUUUGCCCAAUAUUUCUAUUAGUUAUGAUAAAAUUCUGCUCUACCAACACCAUCUUUAUCUUGAAAGAAACAGGGAGUCAAGCUUUAAGUAUAGCUAAAGUGUUGUUUUGUUUAAAAACUGUCUGAUCAUGUGGCUGCUCGUGUUUCUUUCAUCAUAGGACUCCUUUUUAGCAAUGUUUCAGUGUUCCCCGAUUUCAGCCUACUGGAGUACAGUGUUAAUAUUACUGAUAGGACCAAAACUGCAAAAAUAAGACUUCAUGUAAACCAAAGAAGUCAUCAUGAUUACGUCAAAUGCCUCAGUCUGAUUUGGUUUAAACCAGUGGUCCUAAUAGGUGCAGAUCAUGGCUGUGUUGUCUUUGUUUUACACACACAUUGAAAUGCAUCUCAUAUAUUACCACCAUCCAAACAACACGAUGUGUUAGUCUAACAUCAAAGAAGUGCCUUUGAUUUUUUUUUUUUAAGUCACCUUUUAAUUUUUUCAACUAUUUUUUUCUAUUUUUUCUCAGGGCAUCCACUUUCUGUUGUCACUGUGAAACUAUCAUUUUGAAGGUAUUUUAAUUUUACACUCUGCUUGAUAUUAUCCUCAAUUCCAUCUCAUUUAAGGUGCCGUUGCUGAGCUUUAACUUUGUUAUAUAAUGUGAGUGUAUGUCUGUGCAUGUGUGUAGGUUGGUGUCCUAGAUUUUUUCAUUCUUAUACCAGGUAUGAAAUCUAGAAGCUGGGCUUACAGAAGGAGAAGUAUAUAAAGUAAUACUGCAUUACGUCAGGUUCAAAAGUCAAGGUGUGAUCUUCAGAUGUUUGGACCAAAGACAGGAAUGAAGCACAACAUUGUGGAGUUGUAUUAACCUGCUUUUUUUGUUAGUACACUUCUAGCAUGUUUCUGUUUUAUAUCAAAUCAUUGUGUUGUGUUUUUAUCUGAAGAACAAAAAAAGUUAUGACAAUCAACUGGUUUCCUAACAGUGAUGACAUUUGAUCACCAGGCGAUGAAAGUACUCAGGUUCAGCAUUAAGUUCUGAACAGUUUUACAAUCAACAGUAAGAUCUUUUUUUAAAUGUAUAUAAAGUUGUCUUGUUAGUAUUAUUUUUAUUUCAUUGUGGAAAAA